AUGAGAGGAAGCAACCCAAUUGCUAUCAACCUAAGCACUGAAGAGCAUCCAACGCCAGGCAUGGCAGCACAAGAUUCUUACAACGAGAUGCUGAAAAAGGUACUAGAAUCUGACCAGGCAAAUCUGGAUAGAUUGGCUAGUGAACUCCGAGAAGAAGAGGAAGAACAGAAAACACAAAUUCAAGCUGCCGAGAGACAAGGGAAGAAAAUAACAGAAGCAGAGAACCUAGAAACGGAGGAAAUGAGGAAGAAAGCCCAGAAUGAGCAAAACGAAGACGAUGCCCGAAGCGGGUUAAACUCAAAAAGAGAAGAACGAAGGGAGAAGGAGAAAGAAGAUGCCCCACCAAAAAGCAAGCGACAAGACAACGAUGCGGGGAAAGAACAGCCAAAGAAAAAACACCAAGAAGGGGAGGGCGAAUCCUCGGAAUCGCCCCAGAAGAGCAAAGCCACAUAUGUAGUGGAGGAAGAUUUGGAAGAGAAGAUCGCCAAAGCACUAAAAAAGUUCAAGUCAGAGGAACUGGACACAGACGAUCUCAGGCUGAAAGGCUCGCCCCUUUCACCCGAGAUCAUGGAAGAAACCAUCCCAUAUAGCAUGAAACUACAGUCCUGCCAACCUUCAACGGAGAAGGAGAUCCCUGAGAUCACACAUCUAGAUUCACGGCCACCAUGGGGCUACUUAGCGUAUCAAACGCUAUCUUAUGCAGGGUCUUUCCAACCACGCUCACGGGCACCGCCCAGAGGUGGUACAACAAGUUGA